AUGGAUAAUGUCAUGGACCCAGAGCUUGCAGCUGAGAUGGUUAAGCUUCUGGGGCAGGAAUUAAAGGUUGUCCGCAGCCAACUCCGUGAAGCUGAACAGAGAACCGGUACUCCUGCCAGCGAUGCUAUGUCAACUGGUCUUCAAUCACAGCGCGAGGAAGCCCUUCGGGCAGAGAUAUUUGCACUGAAGGCUGAGAAUUCUAGCCUUCGAGCGAACAUUUCAAGUCUCCAGGAUCAGACAACGAACGUUUCAGUCAAGAUGGAGGGCGAUCACUCUGGUCUUGUAGCACAAUACUCUGCGUCGAUGGACGCAAUUCAGAAGGAACUGGCUGACGCUAUCAGGGAUAAAAACUUGGCAACCUUGGACAAGGAGAAGGCAGAUGAACAACUCCAAGAGUUAAGUAGUGUUCGUGAAAAAUAUCGGAAGCUUAAAGCGAGCAAACGAGAGUGCCAAGAGGUCAUCGAUGAACUGCGUAGCCAGCUUGAACUCUGUAUAGAAGAACGAGAGAAAUCGGCGUCAGAAGGAAAAGUACUCAAGUCCGACCCAGCUUCAUUUUUUCGCAACACGGAGUAUCCGGAUGUCGGUGACCAACCGAAUAGCAGCGACAUCCCCGUAUACUCUCCCACCUUGUCCAUGGGCAUUCCCAGGACAGCUCGAUCUCAUUGCCGCUGUGACGGCACCCUCCGUUUGGAGAAGGAUGUUUUUAUGUUCGCCCGCGCAGGAAUCGCCCUAGGUCUUAUCUUCAGACCAAUGUAUCAAUACAAUCCCCAAAAGAACAACGGCGCAUGGGGCCGACUGCGUCCGGAUAUUGAACCUGGUCAAAAGAAAGAUUUAUGUUAUUACGACGGCCACGGCUGGAAGUAUCUUGGCACCUAUGAACGAACAGGCGAAUCAUUCCUCCUUUCACCGGAUCACACGAAGAAGCUGAGCUUUCCGAGGGUUGAAGCGUUGGCUAAGGAAACUGUCUUAUUCCGAGACCUUGUUUCGCCUUCGCAGAUGCGAAUGGUGGAGAAGAUGUUUUGGGAGGGACUGCUCCAAGUCGAAAUGUUUGGUAUCCGACGUGUCGCAUACGACCAGGAAUUCGCUAGACAACUCUUCGAAAGGCGCAAGGACCUUCCCAAAAGCGUGAAGGAUGCCACUUCUACAAGUAUCAAGCGGAAAAGAGGCGACGAGACUGAUGAAACGCACGAAGACCGUCAACCAAAGGCUUCAAAAUCUGGUACCAAGGAGGGUUGA